AUGGCGUCGUCCAGCCGAUAUAGCAGCUACAACUGUCUUACUAGCUGGGACAGCUACGAUCGCAUUCCAAGAGUUCGCGUCGAGUACUACGUGAACGAGAACACAUUCAAGGAACGACUUCAGCUCUACUUCAUCAAGAACCAACGCUCGAGUCUUAGGAUACGACUAGCCAAUCUCUUUUUUAAACUGCUGACAUGUUUUCUAUACAUAUUCCGCGUGGUCACCGACAGCGAUCCCACCUUUGCAGCCUGUUACGGCUGCACACCCGGCAACAAGACGGAGUUUCUCAUCUCCCAGAAUCUGACCGAGGAGGAGUUCCAGGAGCACCCGACCAUCAACUGGGACGCAAUAUUAUGGGUGCGAAGACCUCUGGAAUUGUGGAUCAUCCAAGUGAUAUUAGCAAUGGUAUCGCUGACCGAGGCGCUACUCCUCGCCUAUCUCGGCUACAAGGGCAACAUUUGGCAGCAGCUCCUGUCCUUCCAUUUCAUCUUGGAAUUAGUCAACACCAUACCAUUUACCAUCACGCUCCUGUAUCCGCCCAUGAGAAACCUCUUCAUACCGGUUUUCCUCAACUGUUGGCUAGCGAAGCACUCUCUCGAGAACAUGUUCAACGAUCUUCAUCGAGCAAUGCAGAAAUCGCAGUCGGCCUUGAGUCAACAGCUCAUGAUACUUAGCGCAACACUUCUAUGUCUUGUAUUUACGAGCGUCUGCGGAAUCCAGCACUUUCAACGCGCCGGGCAUCGACACCUCAACCUCUUCCAAAGCACAUACUACGUCGUUGUGACUUUCUCGACCGUCGGCUAUGGAGACUUUGUGCCCGACAUAUGGCCAUCACAACUCUAUAUGGUUAUCAUGAUAUGCGUUGCCCUCAUAGUCCUGCCUACACAAUUUGAGCAGCUCGCAUUCACGUGGAUGGAAAGGCAAAAGCUUGGCGGUUCCUACUCGUCGCAUCGGGCUCAAAGUGAAAAACACGUCGUAGUCUGUAGCACGACAUUGCAAGCCGACACCAUCAUGGAUUUUCUUAACGAAUUCUACGCACAUCCGCUGCUACAGGAUUAUUACGUAGUGCUCCUAUCACCAAUGGAGCUAGACACAACGAUGAGGAUGAUCCUGCAGGUGCCGAUCUGGGCACAGCGCGUCAUCUACAUCCAGGGCUCGUGCCUGAAGGACGGGGACCUUGCGAGGGCGCGCAUGAACGAGGCCGAGGCAUGUUUCGUCCUUGCGGCCCGGAAUUAUGCGGAUAAAACUGCCGCGGACGAACACACGAUCCUGAGAUCAUGGGCUGUGAAAGAUUUUGCACCGAAUGUGCCGCAGUACGUGCAGAUAUUUCGACCAGAAAACAAACUCCAUGUGAAAUUCGCUGAGCAUGUGGUAUGUGAGGACGAAUUCAAAUACGCACUUUUGGCUAACAACUGUACUUGCCCCGGUGCUUCAACUCUUGUUACACUUCUGUUACAUACGUCGAGAGGACAGGAGGGUCAACAGUCGCAAGAAGAAUGGCACAGAUUGUAUGGCAAGUGUUCCGGAAAUGAAAUCUACCAUAUAAUCUUAGGGGAUUCGCGCUUUUUUGGCGAAUACGAGGGUAAAUCCUUUACUUACGCGUCGUUCCACAGUCACAGGAAAUAUGGGGUUGCCUUGGUCGCGGUAAGGCCUGCCGAACUUCCCGAAUUUUACGAAGACACCAUCUUACUUAAUCCAGGUCCGAGACAUAUCAUGAAAAAAACCGACACGUGCUAUUACAUGAGCAUUACGAAAGAGGAGAACUCGGCGUUCGUUGUGGCGAACCACCAGACCACCGGUAUCGUCGCCGACUCCACGCAGGUCGUGAUCGAGACGAAGCCCGAUCGCAAUCAGGGCAUCGGCGUAAGCGGCAGCUGCACAACUCCGGGCACCACGACCACGCUGACGGCGGCCUCCUUGGCGACCGCGACGACCACCUGCAGCAAUCCAGCGGGCAAUGCAACUUAUCUCGAUCCUGGAGGAUUAGGGGACUCGAGGCAGUGUUUAAAGGACGGAAGUUCGUCGCCGCAAACGUCAAUGACCGGAAAUCAUCUUGAUGUGCCACGCUCGCUAGAGCCAAAUCCUAAUCUUCUCAGUCCCGAAAUUCUCACUCAGAGAAGAGGGAGUCGAAGACCGAGUAUCCUACCAGUACCAGACACGUUAACGAGUUCCACGUUACAUCUGCCCGGCCAAGAAUCACUGGACCAUGAAGGAGACGAGUCGGAAGAUGAAAUGGACGACGACGUUCCUUGGCGAUCACCAAGUGAAAAAAUAGCAAUCGUCAAGGGAUUCCCGCCAGUUUCGCCGUUCAUCGGUGUUUCGCCAACUCUCUGCUACUUGCUCAAAGAAAAGAAGCCACUUUGCUGCCUUCAACUUGCUCAGGUCUGUGAGCACUGCAGCUACAGAAACGCAAAGGAAUACAAUUGGCAGAAUAAAACGAUCAUACUGGCGGCAGACUACGCCAGUAAUGGCAUUUAUAAUUUUAUCAUACCGUUAAGAGCGCACUUUAGAUCGAAAACUUCCCUCAACCCCAUAAUUUUACUACUCGAGAGAAGACCAGAAAUUGCCUUUCUGGACGCGAUCUCGUAUUUCCCUCUCGUUUACUGGAUGCUGGGUUCGAUAGAUUGCCUCGACGACCUGUUACGUGCCGGCAUUACGUUAGCGGAGAACGUUGUCGUCGUCAAUAAAGAACUAAGUAACUCCGCCGAGGAGGAUACCCUGGCCGACUGCAACACCAUCGUUGCCGUACAAACUAUGUUUAAAUUUUUUCCCAGCAUAAAGAGCAUCACCGAAUUGUCCCAAUCGAGCAACAUGCGUUUCAUGCAGUUCCGGGCGCAUGACAAAUACGCCCUCCACCUCAGCAAAAUGGAAAAGGUACUCCUAAGUACUACUUCCGGUGACAACUACCCCGCUGAGCCUUCGCUAGGCUCCCCGAGAGAGAAAGAAAGAGGAUCGCACAUAUCGUACAUGUUUCGAUUGCCAUUCGCUGCCGGAAGUGUAUUCAGUGCAUCGAUGCUAGAUACCCUGCUUUAUCAAGCUUUUGUCAAGGACUAUGUGAUAACGUUUGUGAGACUGCUCCUGGGCGUCGAUCAGGCACCAGGUUCAGGAUUUUUAACUUCGAUGAAGAUAACAAAAGAGGACAUGUGGAUAAGGACUUAUGGUCGAUUAUACCAGAAGUUGUGCUCGACGACCUGCGAAAUCCCUAUCGGUAUUUACAGAACGCAGGACACGUCGAUAGUCGACACGUCGCACGGAGACUCGGAUGGUGAGAGCGACGCCGGCGUCGGCGUUACGUACAAGGUGCGCCACUCGGCCGCCGCGUCCUGCUUAGCAAAUUGCACUACUCGCGACAAGGGUGCCUCAGCUCACAACUACUACUCUGUGGCCCGCUGCGAUCGACUCUCUUUCUCUUAUUCGAUGAGCAUGGGGGACGAGGCGCGCGACAAUCACUCCCAACAGAUCGAGCGCGCGGAGAUCGCCAACCUCGUGCGCUCGCGCAUGGAGUCCCUCAACCUACCGAUCGCCGACUACGACGACGUCUCUGAGAAGCGCAGCCGGCUCUCGUACGUCAUCAUCAACCCCUCGUGCGACCUGAAGCUCGAGGAGGGCGACAUCGUCUAUUUGGUGCGGCCCUCGCCCUUCUCCGCCCAGAAGACCUUCGAACGCCAUAAUUCGAGACGCAAGAGCAACAUCAGCUUCUGCUCGGCCCAACUGGUGACUCAGAUGAGCGCUGCCGUCACCUCGGCGGGGGCUGGUGCCGCCGGGGCCGGCGGCGGCGUCAUUCAGAGCGGCGGCGGUCCGGGGAGUCGGCGCGGUUCCGGCAUCGGCAUCGCCAGGGCGCCGCCGCUCAGUACCACCAAAUCCAAUUCGCUCUCCCUGCCCGACAGUCCGACGGUCGCCGGCAGUCUGCGCGGCAGAUCCAACUCGUUGCGCGUCGUCGACGACAUACUGCUGAGGCGCAGCAACUCCUUAAGACAAGGUCUCAGCAUCCCAACGAGGCGCAAAAGCAGCCUGGAGGACAUUGGGCUCGGCAGCAUGUCGCACCCCUCGAAUCACAACCCCAUUAAGAUAGCGCUGAAUGGCUCGAUCGGGCUGGAAGUAACGCCACCAGAGGAAGGGAGCUCGCAGCCGGUGAGCUCCGCCAGCAAUACAGGCAUCCUCGACGUCGGCCUACCAUCGAUGCCCGUCCUGGGCUCCGGCCUCGGUGGCUCCAUGGGCGGCCUCUACGACUCCCCGGUCUCCUACGCCGGAGCCCAAUCGCAAACCUCCUCGGGACAGCUCCUCGGGACCUCCGCCACCCAGGAUCCCCAACACAUACAAGGCACGAUCGUAUGAUAUAACCUCAUGUGGGGGCGCAGACUAUCGAGCGUUGUGAGAAACAAGUGGCUCUAGGCUGGCCCCCACGUGCCGACAAGACUCGCACUCCUUAAAUGAUUAUCAACUCCCCGUUUAUGCCUGUAUUCUAGUCAUUCGUAUAGUCGGCGAAGAGUGGGGCGCGGAUUUUCUUCGUCUCCUUGUUAUUUCGUCUGCAUACGCUCAACGAAACUGGUCUGUCUUUUUAUUUUUGACAUACGCCAUCGAUGCCUUGUUACGUUUAUCGAGCGGCUUUGAUUAACGCACCGU